AUAUGAGUCUGGAUUCUUCCGUCACUAUUCAUAUCAGAGCUAUCCUGUUGAAAGUGUGGUCGUAUGCGUGGUAGUAGCAUGAAAGAUCAAAAUCGUACCAACAUUUCGGUAACCCGGGCCAACUACGGCCCGAAUGUGACGACGCGAUUUCGAACCUCUCCUUGACCAGAAAUGGUGCGAUGCGUCCACUCACUCAGACCGUCUUUUGUUUCGCCAGCAUGUUGUCGGCAUAUGCUACUAGGCAAAGUACCUUUAGCUCCGAAUCCAAAUGGACUGUUGAGGUCUCAAAGCAUUGGGAUGUCCUAGGUCCUUUCCCAAUACAAGCUAGAGAACAACAAUUUAUCUCGCCUUCUUUCCCUUUGAAUUUAUCAGAGCCAAUUAACUUUGCCAAGACUUGGCCAUCCUCUUAUGCAGAUGGCGGAAGGGUUGCAUGGAGUUCUGUAGUUCUCAAAGAUGCUGGCGACAUUGAAAUAUCGUUUCCAGACAUAAGAUGGGAAUCCCUUCGCGCAACAGAGGGAUGGGCUGCAUUGCAACAUCACGCUGUGCUUCGCUCUACGCUCACAGUCCACCCUCCAAUAAAUCCUUCAAAGUCGACCCCUGUUCCACACCUGCUCGUACAGCUCAUUCAAGGGUCCUAUUUUACAAUUCUUCCCAAGAACGGAAGAAGAGAACCUCAAUGGUACUCUGGGAACAUCUAUGCAAUGGAACGAUCUCUACCACAGCAAGCUCCUCUGCCUACAACCCCCGGGGAUUAUGAGAUCAGAUUGUUCGGAGACCCACAUACUCAAGAUCGUGAAAUUCCUGUCCAAAGCAUCAGUCUUUCCGUGAAAUUUGAUGACGAUCUCGGCAGUGUAAUUCGAGAGACUACACAAGACGUCAUUUGUGAUUUCGUAGAUAACUUCGCCUUUGGAAACGCCAUUGGCAUCGGGUUGCGAAGCGUUGAUGGUUGGUGGACUGUUACAGAUGUGUCAACAGAUUCCUCCUCGGGCUUGACUUUGACUCUUGUUCGACCUACUCGAAUAGCCGAAGGACAAACUCGUAUUGUCCCAGUCCAAAUAACCCAGACGCGACCUUUCAACCGGGCAUCCAUUGACCUGAAGCUCACAUUGACAUCAGGUGCCUCUGAGACCAUAGUAACAAUCGAGUCCCUACCAGUGAAUCAACUCUCUGGUUGGAUGGAGUCGGUGUAUUCACCCAUCAAAGGGUCUUAUUUCUAUGCUAGAUCGAUGCCAACUGUUUUCACUGCGUUGCCGCCCAGGUGUUCUGGACCUCCAAAGCCUCCUAUAUUGGCCCUUCAUGGUGCUGGCGUUGACAUUGUGGAUCAGUCGUUCUGGGCUGACGCUUUGCCUCGGAACUCGUAUUCCUGGUUUGUCAUUCCGACGGGAAGGACGUCGUGGGGACUUGAUUGGCACGGACCUAGUACCAAAGACACUUGGGCGUCUCUUGACGCCCUGGUCGCAAUUUUGGCAGCUAAUAAGGCAUGGCUUCCCUGGAAACUCGAGCCGAAUAUCCCUGCUAUCAUACUGGGACACUCUAAUGGAGGCCAGGGUGCUUGGUACAUUGCAUCGAGGUAUCCUGAUAGGGUUCUUGGAGUUAUUCCGGCUGCGGCAUACAUCAAAUCUCAGUCCUACGUCCCUCUGACGCUCUCGAGAUCUGCCCGAUUUAUUGAUCCCAUCCUUCUCUCUGUAUUGGAAACAUCCUUAACACCCGAUAACAAUGAUUUAUUCUUGACGAACUUGGUUGACACUCCUGUUCUUGCGAUUCACGGAGGAAAUGACAACAAUGUUCCUGUUUGGCAUAGUAGAGAAGCAGCUGGCAUUUUGGAAACCUGGGAUCCAGCUGCCAACGUAACAUAUCGCGAGGACGCUGGCCAGGGCCACUGGUAUUCCACCGUGUUCAACAAUACCCAAGUUACGACCUUCAUAGAUGACCUUAUCGCGUCUUAUCCUGCGAUUACAUCACCUUCGAGCAAGUUCACGCUGACUGUGUCGGUUCCCAUAGAGAGCGACUCUUUACAUGGAUGGCGUAUCGUUGCUUUGACUAUUCCGGGGAGGUUAGGACGCCUUCGUGUGGAACGUACAAGUGAUCUGUCCGUCAGAAUUCACACUUCAAAUCUGCGACGGUUUUCAGUCGACACUACCGUAUACAAUAUUUCGACGGCCUACGUGGACAACGCGAAGGUGCAUAUCAAUAAAGACAAAGCAGGGAUCAUACAUUUUGAAGCUGUGGAGCCUAAAGUGUGGAAGACAUCAAACCAUAGUGAGAUACAGUUAUCAGGGCGCAUGCAGGCCGUUUUGUCAUCAGAUGGCCCCAUCGUACUCGUGAUACCAGACGACACUGCGACAUACCCUCAAGAGCUUUCAGUUGCACGGCGGAUCGCCCAUGAUCUGGGGCUGUAUCAUCGACUGGAUACAGAGAUAAUACGAAGCUCAGAGGCUUUUGACCCUGAUAUUCUGAGUCAUGGAAAUAUCGUCGCCAUUGGGAAUGAAGCUUCAGCGUCUUUCACGCUGAAUAAGAGAACACCAUUUGAAGCCAACGGUUAUCAAAUUCGGUUACUGUUUCUACAUUCGCAUCCUAUGAAUGCGGAUGGCAAUAUGGUGAUGAUACAGUCUACGGAUGCAGCUGGUUUGGAAAGGGCUGCACGGCUUUUCCCAGUCCGUACUGGUAUCCCUGUACCGGACUGGCUGAUCGUUGGACCUCUGGCAGAUUCCCAAGGUGCCGGAGGUGUGAUGGGUGCAGGAGUGUGGGGUAACGAUUGGAGUUGGAACGACCCGAUGUCCUGGACGAGUUGA